GCUGACACCUGCUCCACGGGGCCCGGUCGUGUGCUGUGCGUGCCUUUGUUCAAGUGUCUUGGCUCGCGAGCGCAGCUGACGCUCGCUGACCUUCGCUCUCGCUCGACCUCGGCGUCCCCCCGCCCCGCCUCCGCAAAGUACCCGCUGCUAUUGUCCAGUCUUAGGGGACGCGAGCCGACCGACUGAGUCAACACCCACGACCCGGGAAUCGAGCAAAAACCGAGCUCCUCUUGCCUUCCGUCCGGAAACCAACCGGCCGAGAGUAUAAGAGGCCCAGUACAUGCCGCGGCGCGAACACACCCCCACACUACACCACACGACAUGUCUGACCACGACGAGAAGCCCCAGGCGGCCGUUAUGGCGCCCGGAGAGCCCGACCCGCGCCACCUCCGCCGCGCGCUCCUCAAGCUCGACUGUAUCUUCCUCCCGGCCAUCACGAUCGUCUACUUCUUGAAUUUCCUCGAUAGAAGCAACAUAGGUAACGCCAAUGCUGCCGGCCUCUCGCGCGACCUCGGCCUCACGGACAAGCAGUACUCCCUGGCGCUGACGACGACGUACAUCCCGUAUAUCGUCGCCGAGCUGCCCCUGACGCUGGCGAUCAAGAAGAUCGGCCCCCACAUCCUCAUCCCGACGCUGGUCAUCCUCUGGGGCCUGGUAACGACCUUCCAGGGCUUUAUCCACAACUAUCCCGGCCUGCUGGCCGCUCGCUUCUUCCUCGGCGCGACGGAGGGCGCCAUCCUGCCGAGCUCAAUGACCUACCUGUCGUCGUUCUACCGCCGGCGCGACCUCGCCAAGCGCGUCGCCUUCUUCUUCAGCGCGACGUCGCUCGCGGGCGCAUUUAGCGGUCUCCUCGCAGCGGCCAUUAUCAACAUGCACGGCCUGGGCGGGAAGAAGGGCUGGCAGUGGAUCUUCAUCAUCGAGGGCAUCGUCACCGUCGUGUAUGGCGCUGCUGCGUUCGGCCUCCUCACGCGUAGCCCUGGGACCACGUGGUACCUCUCGCCCGAGGAGCGCGCGGCCGUCACUGCUGCGCUGGACCGCGACAGGCCUGCACAGGGCGAGGAGCAGAAGCUCAGCGUUUCGGCCGUGCUGUCUGCGCUCAAGGCGCCGCAGAUGUGGUUCAUGUUCGCCCAGUUCUUCGCCUCGGGAGUACUCCUCUACUCGAUGGCCUUCUUCACCCCAACCAUCGUCGGCACGUCGCUCGGCUACAAGGGCACAAAGGUCCAGCUGUACUCUGUCCCGCCGUACGUCUGCAGCGCAGCCUUCGCCCUCCUGUCGUGCUUCCUCAGCGACCGGUUCAGCAUGCGCGGACCGUUCGUCAUCCUUGCCAGCCUGGUCAGCGUGAUCGGGUACGCCAUCUUCAUCAGCCACGACCCCAAGAACCCCAAGCACCAGCACGCGCUGUACGCGGCGCUCUUCCUGCAGGUCAUGGGCGCGUACACUGUUGCGCCGCUGCAGUCGACCUGGAUGCCCAACAACCUCGCGCCCUUCUACCGCCGCGUGACGGGCAUCACCAUGGGCUUCAUCAGCACAAACUCGGGCGGCAUCCUCUCGACGUGGCUCUUCCCCAAGCGCGAGGCGCCCCACUACCACCGCGGCACGUCCGUGUCGCUCGGCAUGGCGGUCUCCAUGAUCUUCUGGUCCAUCCUCAACAUGCUCUACCUCGCCAACGAGAACCGCAAGCGCGCCAAGCUGGCCGAGAGCGAGACUGAGGGGUUCACCGAGGAGGACGGCGCGCUCGGGGACAAGAGCGUAAAGUUCAGGUAUAUCCUGUAG